AUCACCGCGAGACCCCAAAGAUCUCAACAAUCUCUCCCAAAUAGUGUGAUUCUCUUUCACUAUCAGAGAGCUUCUUUAUAACUGAGUCGACAAUGAGUGAACUCGAACUCGGAACGAGUCAGAAUAUGACGACUGAGACGCACCGCACGACGACGUUUCUUGACUUGCUCAGACGCCAGAUGAGCGGUGUGGAUCGCACAAGAAGGAAGCGGACUCUCAAAGAACGGUUGAGAUUCAAAUGCAUCGGAUGCUGUGGGCCCGACACAACUACUCAUCACAGUUCAACACUCUCAAGUGAGGACGAAGCCGAAGAACAAAGUGAAACCCGAUUCGUUCCCGGGUCGGGUUCGGGUAUGAACCUCGCGACGGCGUUAGAGGCGGAGAGAUAUAACCGGGGAGAUCAGACGGAGGUUGACAUGACGCCGACGAGAGUGUCGUUGAUGAGGUUGUUGGAUGAGACGGCGGAGAGAGCCGUUGAUGACGGAAGAGAGACGGAGAUAUGUACGGCGUUAACGGGGAAUGAUUCGGUGUGCUGCGUGUGUAUGGGAAGAAAGAGAGGCGCUGCGUUUAUCCCCUGUGGACACACUUUUUGCAGAGUCUGCUCUAGGGAGCUCUGGCUCAACCGUGGCUCGUGUCCUCUUUGCAACCGUCCGAUCAUCGAGAUCCUAGAUAUAUUCUGAGACGAAUCGGACGGCUGAGAGUUCUCGAUCAAUAUUGACUAGCUACAUUGAGUGUGAUAGGCGUCGGGACAAAGUUUUAUUACGGUUUGUACAGUUCGUUUCUUUUGCUAUCAGAUUAUGUAAAUGCCAAAGAGGAGAUUCUGUUUACAAGCCCAUUACCUCAAUUGUAAGCCCAAUAAGCACUAUCCGUGACUAAUCAUGUAAGCAAGCAUAUACAGUAGUAAGAU